CUCUCCUCAUUAACAUCUUGCGCACUGUCUCACGAUACCCCUAUACAUAACUAUAACUUUUCCUCAGUUGUAGGACUGUGCAUUUUGCGCCUGCCAACGACUGAACUCCCUAUUUCAAGCAAGCCACGCCAUCCUCCAUCAUGUCUGUGGCAGCCCCAGCCGACUUCAAUCCAGAGGAGGCGGACAACCUCGAAGAUAUUGAGAAGCAGUUUGCUGUUAAAGUUGUCCAGCACAUGUCCACAUACUGGGCCAUCCUCGAGAAGGUCCGCGGCUCUACGCUACGACUGACGAAGAUCGAUGAUGAAAUAUACGAGCACCUAAAGGCCGAUUUCCCCGAGUUUGAUCCCGCACAGACGAUUGAUGAGGACGAGAUGAAGAGCAAGACAGGCAAGGAACGGUGGCGGAAGUUCAUGAUGGCCUACGAGAAGAAAGUCGAUGAUUAUAACUUUGGUACAAUGCUGAGAUCAAACCCGAAAUGGGAGUAUGGAAAGGACGAAACGAUUUUUGUACCUCGAAUGCAAUUCUAUGCCGUCGAGAUUGCGAGAAACCGGCAGGGACUGAACGAUUGGAUAUACGAGAAGAACCAGCAGGAGCAAGCAGAAGCAAAGGCGAAGGCUGGGGAAGCGAAGUCGUAACUCCCCUAUAUCUGGACAAACAAUACCCUUCUUGUAUCAUAUUGAAAAAGAUGUCGAGAAGCGCCAAUAACCAUCUUGUGGUGAAUUUGAAGCAAAGCCUCGACAUCUUCUGCGAAUAUAGAGCCCGCAUUCUCAAGCCUAAGUGUGUCCGCGGAGCUUGGCUAUGACCAAACGUCAUCGAGGGCGAAAGUCCCUCUUCCUUGCUUCAGGUGUCUGAAAGCACGAUAUACUCCCUACUUAUCGAUAUACUCAGAUGGACAUUCAAUGUUAAGUAUCUGCUCAUAGCCAAUUUAUUAGUUAGCGGGCCAUCACGGCCCACGGGCAUAUUGGGCCGAGUCAUUACCCC